AUGGCACUGGAACCUUCCCUCUACACCAUCAAGGCUGUUUUCAUCCUGGAUAAUGAUGGGCGCCGGCUGCUAGCCAAGUAUUAUGACGACACACUCCCCUCCACGAAGGAGCAGAUGGUCUUUGAGAAAAAUGUCUUCAACAAGACCAGCCGGACCGACAGCGAGAUUGCAUUUUUUGGGGGCAUGACCAUUGUCUUGUAUGUGGUGGGCUCAUCCCAUGAGAAUGAGCUGAUGCUCAUGGCUGUUCUCACUUGCCUGUUUGAGUCUCUGAACCACAUGUUAAGGAAGAAUGUGGAGAAGCGCUGGCUGCUGGAAAACACGGACGGAGCCUUCCUGGUGCUGGAUGAAAUUGUGGAUGGCGGCGUGAUUCUAGAGAGUGACCCCCAGCAAGUGAUCCAGAAAGUGAAUUUUUGGGCAGAUGAUGGUGGCUUGACAGAACAGAGAGUGGCCCAGGUUCUUCAGUCUGCCAAGGAACAAAUUAGAUGGUCAUUACUGAAAUGAAGGCUGUGGAUGUAAGGCUCCCUACCCCUGGAAAAUUUCCCCAAUCCUGGAAAAAGUCCAAAGACCCCAGAGGACAGGAGAAACUCCUCUGCGUCCCCAGACUCCUCCUGGAACUGACUUCUGAGGUCUCUGCCAGGAACUCUAAAAUGCAAAGGUUUGGCCCCAGCACUGAGUCAUCCCUUCCCAUGCCCUGGCCUGCCCACUGGGGCAUGAGAACCAGUUGAGCUGCUUUAACUCAGACCUUAGGCAUUCCUGGCCCCAGAACCCUAAUAAACCUACUUUUGUUUGCUGGCA